UUAUUGGUUGGUUUGGCGGAUCACGUUCAAUUCCAUCGCUAAGCGUGAUUAAAGGCUGUUGUGUCGUUAUGCUUUUUGUUGGAAAUUUUUGUAGAUGGCCGAAAUGUGAAGAAACCUUUAAAUCUGUUGAGGAUUUAAUUCAGCAUGUUGAAGAGACUCACGUCCCCAAAAGUGACACUCCUGUUUUAAACGACUCUGCUACGAUCCAUCUCUCCUAUAUAAGCCGAUACUUUACUGAUGAAGAGUUGGAGAAAAGAAGAGUUGAGCGAAGGUUGCAGUCAUCCCAAACAACAUUGAAAACUGAGGAUAAAAGGAAAACUGAGCUAUUUAAACCGGCAAUUGAACAUUCCGUUUCUGGUUUUACUUCUAAGGGCUUUACCGAGUUAGAUAAUAGUAAUACUUUGAGACGAAGUUUUUCUGAAGAAGUUGUUGAGAUUUUGGGUAGAACUGCUCGGGAGACCUUGGUACCUGGUGCUGAGAAGGCUUAUGUUUGUCCUGUACCGGGUUGUGGUAAGCGUUACAAGAACGCAAACGGCAUCAAGUACCAUGCUAUCCACGGCCACGGCGCACACAACCAAGUUAGACGACAGAAAUUUAACGCGUCCUUAAGUGGUGGCCCCACCCUAAUCUUAUUUCUGGCCCUCUUUGGCAUUUAUUGUGCCUGGUCCGUUAGGAUAAAAGAGCUGCUUAAGAGCGAGGCUGUUUGGCCUUACAAGUGUGAAGUUAGCGGGUGCGGCCGUCGCUAUAAAAGCAGCAAUGGCUUACGCCAGCACAUGAUAGCCACUCACGGACCCGAUAUUAAAAAGAUAGCCAGGAUUGACGCCUCUCCCGCAGAAGAGGAAGGAGCUCGGCUCCCUUUGAACAAUGGCAGCGCUGUGCCUCAAGGCUCGGAAGAACCAGAGACCUCGUGUUGCUCUUCUUGCAAGACCUCUAACGACCUGCAAAGUCUGCCAAUCGCUUCCUAUCGCAACGGCGAAUCGAUCGCAAACAUCACAGGCUCCUCUGCUCCGGUAAAUUUAACAGUGGAGACUGUUUAACACUAGGUUUCUGAAAAAGUUACUGCGCCUUUCAUCUUUUUCUUUGCGAAGGGUCUUUUGAUUUAUUAUGUACAAAAGUACGUCUUUAGGGU